GUGGGCGUUGCUAAAAGGAAACGAACCCUGAUUCCUGCAGUCUGUGUUUGACUGAAGUUACAUAAAAACGCGUUUUUCAGCUUUACUUUACCUCACAGCGAAAUAAAUCUGAGGCUUUGGUUGUAGGAUGGCAAAUGAAGCAAAGCCCUGUCCAUGUGAUAUAGGGGACAAGAUUGAAUAUGGGGGUCUCGGAGAAGAAGUUCAGAUUGAACACAUUAAAGCCUAUCUGGUCAAACAUGCAACUUCAAAAAAGGCAAUUAUUGUAAUUCAAGACAUUUAUGGUUGGCAGCUUCCAAAUACCAGAUACAUGGCCGACAUGCUCUCAGCAAAUGGAUACAUUACUAUAUGUCCAGAUUUUUUUGUUGGAAAAGAGCCAUGGAGCCCAUCUCAUGAUUGGUCAACAUUUCAACAAUGGCUAGAGGACAAAAAACCUACAGACAUCAAAAAGGAAGUGGAUGUUGUAUUGAAGUACUUGAAGGAGCAGUGUGGGGCAAAUGAUAUAGGUGUUGUGGGCUUCUGCUGGGGUGGGGUUGCAACCCACUAUAUUGCUCUCCAAUAUCAAGAAAUCAAAGCUGGAGUCUCGGUUUAUGGUAUUGUUCGAGAGAGAGAAGACCGAUUUGAUCUUAAAGCUCCAACCCUCUUCAUCUUUGCAGAAAAUGAUGCAGUUAUUCCUCUUGAUCAGGUGACUACACUAGAAACAAGACUGAAGGAAAAGUGCACAGCUGACUUUCAAGUGAAAAUCUUCCCGAAUCAGACUCAUGGGUUUGUCCAUCGGAAGAGAGCAGACAUUAACCCAGAUGAUAAACCCUACAUUGAAGAAGCCAGGAAAGAUAUGAUAAACUGGUUAAAUAAGUACAUUUAAGCUGUGGGGUCUAUAAAGCAUUGGUUUAAAAUAAUAAAGAUCAUCACACUAAGGUGGCAUAAUGUUUAUAUGCAAUUAAAAGUUAUGCAGUUCUGUUUUAUUGGAUGAUGGAGAAAAACUUUUGAGGAAAGGACAACUAUUGGAGACUCAAAUCUGAAAACAAAAUUUUAAUGAUCACUUCAGUACUACAUUGACAGAGAACUGUAUCAAAUGAUAAAUAACUGUACGAAGGUUCUGACACAUUCCUUUAGAAGUGCUGUAGACCGUUCACUUUAACAGCUACACAAGGUUUAGUCUUCAGAUUCGCCAGGGCCUCUGAUGUCAUCGAUCUUCAGGAUCAUCUUCACUACUUGAGUGGCCAAAGAAAUCUGCUGUUUCUUUCCAAUAAGGGUCUCGAUUACAUGUUGUUGCUUCAUGUCUGCAAAGAUUAAAAAAAAGUUUAAUUUCA